ACAGCGGCUCGAGGGACAUACCGGUGAGUCGAAAUCGCCAACCCUCACGGCUUCGAGUCGAAGCACGCCCCGAACUCACCUGUCAACUCGGGUGAACCUCCACAGACACGGUCAUCGCGCUCGCCGUGCAUCCGUUCAAGAGGAUGAUCGCUACUGGUGGACUCGAGAGGGACAAGACGAUCAUCCUAUGGCGGGACGAGGAAUGAGUUGAGGGAUAGGACGUUAUGCGAAAGCCUGGCAAGGGCUAGGCUCGAUCGCGAUUGUUUGAAAGACCCCUGCGAUAGACUGCGGGACAUUGAUACCAUACAACAGAGAGUACGAAAUCGGUAAUCACGCCAAAAAGCUGCGCAAGAUGAAUAUCUGCCAAGGACCGUCGAGAUUCGCUGCCUUGAGCCUCCUGCUCCAUUCCCAAGUAACGAUGUCCACUCAAACCCUUACCUUCUUGAUGACAGCAUCUGUGAGGUCGUUCUUGGCGUUUUCAUUAGAGAAACGUCGUCACUUAUCGUGUGGAGUCCACAUCACAGAACAACCCACCUGUAUAUGUCAUGACAUGUACUUUUGCAGCGAUUGGGUUUCCUUUGGGACGCUGAACCUUUUGGCAAUAUCCGGUGGAAGCGCGUGGCAAAGAGCUGAAUGUACUCAAUCGUCACCUGGAGCCAUAGAGGAUAUGUUUGGAGCGGGAGCAAGGAUCAGGUCGAGGAGCUCCUCUCUCUCCAGCGGAGCGAGGACACUUGUGAUAGCCUCGAGCAGGGCGAAACCGUUGCGAGCUGUUGCCUAAUACAUUGCAUCGAGACUAUCGCCGUCGCUUUUCAUGCGCUCGAUGACAAAUUGCCUGCCCUAUCAAAAAUUCUACCUGCCAUGUACUGUCUUCAUUCCGUGGCUUCCCUAGCGCAGAUCGUCAACCUGGACAGAGUACACCGCAGAGCCGCGUCCCCGGAUUUCGGACCUGAAUCCCAGUGAAUUCACCGAUACUAUCAAGCUGAAAGAUUUUGUAUUUAAAAAC